AUGGAAAGAUUACCAGAAUGGAAACCCUGGGACCAUGCAAUCAAUUUAGAAGCCAACUUCAAACCUCAACAAGAAAAGGUUUACCUGUUAUCACCAGCAAAACUCAAAGAGUUAGAUGCCUUCAUUGAGGAAAACUUGCAGAAAGGUUAUAUCCGUCCAUCAAAGUCUCCUAUGGCAUCUCCAUUCUUCUUUGUCAACAAGAAAUCAGGAGAUCUACAACCAUGCCAGGACUACAGGAAACUCAAUGACACCACCAUUAAGAAUGCCUACCCCAUUUCAAGAGUAGAAGAUCUAUUGGAUUGUAUUGCCUCUGCCAAGCCAAUAAUAUUCACCAAACUUGAUUUACAUGCAGGAUACAAUAAUGUGCACAUCAAAGAAGGGGAUGAAUGGAAGGGAGCAUUCAUUACUCCACAAGGCUUAUUCAAACCAACAGUCAUGUUCUUCAGAAUGACAAACUCUCUGGCAACUUUCCAAGCUAUGAUAGAUGGUAUUUUUGCCGAUCUAUUACUAGAAGGAUGGUGUUAA